AGGCUUACGGUAGUGAUGGCGGCGCUCAGUGAGACUUUCCUGUCACUGGAUACUACUACUCCCAGCCCUCCUCUGAGCCGCCGGAGCAACCCACUGGUCUUUAAUUUACAAGUAUCAAUUUGACUUGCUCUACUGCAUGUCAGGUGGGACCGUGGAAAGUGUGGAGACGCCCCGGAGAUUAAGCAAUCGCAGCUUAAAAAGAAAAAAAGCCAAACAAAUAAACAAAACCCACCCACCCUAACAAACAUGAGGCUGCUGGAGAGAAUAAGGAAAGAAUGGUUCAUGAUUGGAAUAGUAUUGGCCAUCGCCGGAGCAAAGCUGGAGCCGUCCAUAGGGGUGAAUGGGGGACCACUGAAGCCAGAAAUAACUGUCUCCUACAUUGCUGUUGCAACAAUAUUCUUUAACAGUGGACUAUCGUUAAAUACAGAGGAGCUGACCAGUGCUUUGGUGCAUAUAAAACUGCAUCUUUUUAUUCAGAUCUUUACACUUGCAUUCUUCCCAGCAGCAAUAUGGCUUUUUCUUCAGCUUUUGUCAAUCACACCCAUCAAUGAAUGGCUUUUAAAAGGUUUGCAGACAGUAGGUUGCAUGCCUCCCCCUGUGUCUUCUGCAGUGAUUUUAACCAAGGCAGUUGGUGGAAAUGAGGACCCUCCUUGCCUGGUGUCAUUUCUUGAGCCCUCCUGGGAGGAGAUUAGUCUAAAACAACAAAGUAGCCAGAUGUCUGGUUCUGAGAGCGUCCCAGAGGCCAGGCUACGGUAGGCAACAGAAACCGCGUGGGGCUGAAGAUCAAAGAUACCUGAGAAUUACUUAUGGGCACAUAGUAUGUGUCAUUCCCAUUAUUAACAGUCUGAGAAAAUUUGUUUCUCUAAUUAACCCUUUUGUUGGAGUAACCUUAAAUUUUAGUGAGUGUAUUUCUUUUUUGAUAUGUUUUCUUCUGCGUAGUUUUGAGAAGUGUACGUAUCAAAAAAGAGAAAUGGAAAGGAACUCAUGUGCUUGAUUGAAAUCUCUAAGCCGUUAUUCUUAUCCAAAGUAGAUAUACUAUCCAGUGUGUAAUCAUUCAUCAUGGAAUAAAUGGACGUUUUGCUUCUAAGCUAAAAUGACAAAUUAAUAGUCUGGAACUACAUGGUUUAUAUGUACAAAUAGCUGCUCCUACCCUUACUCUUAAAGGACUAUUAUUUCAACUUUUAACCGUAUUGGAGAUUUUUAGAUCACAGCUUCCUGGUCUUAAAAUGAAUUCAGAAUAAAUCCCAGGGGUGGGAAAUCUGUACCUUAUUAAUAGUUGACCUCUUUCUUUUCACAUUGGUAUUAUAAUGCAAUGCUAAUUAAAAACUCUUGCCAUCCUUUACCUGUUUGCUUUAUAGGUACCACUUUACAUUGUGCAGACAUACACAAAUUUGGACAAUAUGAAUACAUUUGCUAUUUUGAAUUAGUCCUAACCCCUAAGUCUCUAAAAGCUUUUAGCUGAAUCUAUUCUAAAGCAUGAGUAGAAAAUCUAAUGGUAACUUGUGAUGUCUUAGCCUCUAGAUAAGAGUAUCAACAGAGAGAACAAAAGAUUUUGGUUGGCCUUGCCACUUGUUUUUGUUUCUGUUCAGUAUCAUCAUGUAGCAACAAAAUCCUGUAAAUGCCUCAUCCUUGCUUUCCUUGAGAUAUAAUCAUAAACCAUUGUUAUCAAGAGCAUGAUUAGCCAGCUUUAGUGCUGUUAAGUGCUACAACACAUUCUUUAACGCCUGGUAAUAUAAACUUGGCAUAAAAGCUGUAAAAAUGUCCUUACACCUAAUUGGAGAUAUGUGUUUGCAACAGAGUGCAGAGAUUUCAUCUCCUUUGUGCCGUGGUCAGGCCUUCUUUUAACUCCUGAAGGAAAAUGAAGCUCCUAGGAGCUCUUUAUAAGGAUUAAUUGAUUUAUCUCUUUGUUUCUAGAUGUUAAGUAUGGAAGCAAGAAUAAAAUGGGUUUCUUGUACAAAGAACUGGUGAGGCAACUGUCUUUUUUUUUGUUUUCAGAGCAGAAUUUGUUGUUACUUCUGACGAAAGUGAUCUAUGUCACUUUUUGCACCCAUGUUUCUCUUCAGGCUACCAUUGUGAACAACACCAUGUGCUGUCACCAGAGUCUGGUUAUUUGUUUCCCUCUUCAAAAAAUUUUCCUGGAGUUCCCAUCAUGGCGCAGUGGAAAAAAUUCCGACUAGGAACCAUGAGGUUGCAGGUUCGAUCCCUGGCCUCACUCAGCAGGUUAAGGAUCCGGCGUUGCUGUGAGCUGUGGUGUAGGUCGCAGACGCGGCUCGGAUCCUGCGUUGCUGUGCCUCUGGCGUAGGCCAGCGGCUACAGCUCCGAUUUGACCCCUAGCCUGGGAACCUCCAUAUGCCGUGGGUGAGGCCCUAAAAUGACCAAAAAAAAGAAAAAAAAUUUUUCCUUUUAUUUAUUUGCAUUUAUCUUAUGCUGAAUUUAUUUCUAGGCUUUAAGUUUUGAAGUUUCUUCUGGGAUACCUUUUUCUCCUGUGCACCCUCUUCUGGUAUAGGAACAAUUUGCUGUUUCUCAGUGUGGUGGGGAGAACUUGUAGACAGGUAGAUCUGACCCUGAGCUCUAAAGUCCCAUGCCGCAUCCUGGGGGCUGAGUUCACCUGGAUGACUGUCUGCUUUUUUAAGCACAUGCAGUAAAAAUUCAGCACAGUUUUUGGGCCACCGACCCUCUGUCCAGCCCUACCCUAUGGCCUGGGCAUACCUAUAAACUCCACCAUCGUGAUGAUGGAAUAGCACACGUUGCUUCUGUAAAGUCACAUCCUUCAUGUACCUGGUGGCUUUUUGGAUAUACAUACCCUUAAUGGCCUAGGCAGUUUCAUGAGUGUUCUGAAAGUGAACGCAAAGAUUUGAACUCUUGAUUUGCAUGACCUUGUAGGGUUUUCUGGGUCAAGUGAAUAGUGAACUAUUUUUAGAGGUCACCUCAGGCCCCUUACAAGAAGAGGAAGCUCUGUUUUCCUAUUUUGAAUACAAAUGAAGUCAGUUAUGACCCCUGUAUCAUAAAGAUUUCUCAGGCCCAGUUAAUGGCUUCCUUUUGGCAAGUAGUAUUCAGAGUAAUAAAACACCUCCCAGUACCACGAUAUUAGUUAACCCCUUGGAUUGGCUGUAUACCAAGAUUUGAUCUGAGGAACUAUCAUAGUUCCAGAACUGAGGUCCAGUGGUAGUAGCAUUCCACCCUUUGUAGUUCAGGGGGCUGUUCUUGUUUCCCUCCUUCAGGGGACUCCCCAAGUGCCUUCCCUCUCCCCUCACCCCCAAGACACACACACUUAUUUACAUACACACACAUAUUUAGAAUAGAGAUUUGCUAAGGAGAAGCCCAAAAAGUAACUCCUCUUUUUAUCUUUCAGAAGUUGCUAGUGUUGCUGGCCAUGAACCUGUUAAUAAUAUCUUCACCUGGGGUUGCUUUGUUGACUAUUGGCGCUCUCUCUGCCCAACCCCCCUCCCCCAUACCUUAUGAACCAUUACUGUCUCCUCCUUGUGGGGCAUUUUCUCCACAACACUGUGUACAAAGAUGUGUUUAAAUAGUUUUUAAAAAGUUAGGUAUUAUCAAAUUUAGGGAGUUGAAGAGUGUUGGUUUUCUAGUUGCUGCUUUUUAUUUAUCUACUUAUCUUCCUUAUUCAUAGAUUUCUUUUUAUAUUACCUCCUCCUGUCAUAUUUUAUUUCUCUCUUUCUUUAUCUUUUAAUUCUUAACUUCAGUCCACAGCUUUCUAGGACGGGUUCUGAUUUGAAAUAAGAACUAAGUUGUAAGAGCAGGCGAUUAAGACCGCUUAUACAAAUUCUUUUAAUAACUUAAUGUGUAAUGAUUUAGUACCUGAGAGGGUAUUGAGGGAGUAAUCUAUAAACUUUUCAUGAUGGAAUUGUGUGCUAAAUAAAAAUGCUUGUGAUAUAAAUCAAGUUGGCUUUGUUAGAAUGGGAUGACUCGAUAUGCAUUUAAAUUUCUCUUAAUUUUAAAAGCUUUGAGGUUAAGUAUAUCAUCUUGAACAUUUUUAUCUAUAAUGGGCUGAAAGAUUUUAGGAGCUACUUAUUUAUUUACUUUUUACUUGUUUGCUAAAUUUCUUUAAUUUUAAUUUAAAGUUAUAUUUAUCCUGAGGUUUGGAGUAAUAGCCUUGGAACAUGUGUUCCUGUUUAAAAUGGUGGUCUUUGACUCUAAGUUGCCUGAGACCCUGAGGUUGCAAAGUGAUGGGAUUAGAUAUUAACAGAUGGGAGGGACCUUUCCCCAGGGGCAAAUGUAGGGGAGCAUGCUGCUGGAGAGGGCAGUCCUGGAAGAAAGUUACAUUUAGAAUACAAAAUGAUUCAGUUCCUGAAUCCCUGUGACUUCUAACUCUACUACUAAAAUUAAAAAAAAAAAAUUUUUUUUUUGGAGUUGUAGAAAAUUAAGUAUUGUCAUUGAUUGUAUCCAGUCUGAGUAAUUGACUGAAACAUGUUUCAAGUGGAGCAUUUUUUUCUCUUCAAGAUUUACAUGAUUCAAUGGCAGUGAAACUACAGCCAUAGAUAAUCAGAUACCCAAGAAUAAUGUUUGGGAAGCUGGGUUUCCUGAAGAUAUGAGGCUUAGUUAUUUUAGCCUGGGGGUUUUGCCUGGGGAAAAAUGUAUGUGCCUCAACAGCUGAAGGGCUAUUCAGGUAGAAACAAAGUAAAAUGGCAUCUAUUUUAACGUGUAAUUUCGAUAUUUCAUACUUAAUUUUAUCCUUGGCAGAAAUGUCAAAAUAUACUAGCUGCAAAACAUCUCUGAAGCCACAUCUACACUACCAAAUUGAACUGGGUAGAUGAAAUCCUUUGGAAUCAAGUAGUUUUCCAUGGGGAGAAGGUCCUUUCUAGGUAAUUCUCUGGAGGGAAGGGACUACUCUGUAGUAGAAUCAAACUGAAGAUGUGUAUUUUAGAUAUAGGAAUAGACGGCCUAAAAGAAUGACUGUGGGGAAGGGAAGAGUCAGAUUUUAAAAUUUGGUGUAUCAUAUUUAAACAUAAAUAUGGUUUCUUUUCAUUAUUUUCUACUUCUACUUAUUCCCACUUAAAUUUGAAAUAGCACUUUCCCUCAUUUCUGUUUAGUUUUUGGUUUUUUUAAAAAUUUAAACCUCAUCCCAAGUUGAGUUGCUCAUGCUGGAAAUGAUACUACAGUUCUAUCCCUUAGUUCCUUCUCUGACAUUCUUUAGAGGCUGGAUUCUUCUAGCUGCUUAAGUUGACAUUUAAAUUAAAAUCGAGUUCUUACUGAUGGAAUAGCUGGAUUUCUUUAAGUGCUUUUGUUUAUACUAGAGUAGAAACAUACCCGUUGAAGGAAUUAAGAUGGUAAAGUCUAGGCUGCCAUUUAUUCUGACACCGCAUGGCUCUUGUUUAUUGUUUUUUAAUCAAAAAUCAAGUUUGUGUAUUUAACGACUUGGAAGAUGCAUGACAUUUUGUCACAAUAUAAGUAAGAAUUUAUGAAGAAUAAAGACCCUGUGGAAUCACCACAAGAUCAAGAAGGGGAUAUGUAUAAUUUUGCUGUUUAACACAUAUAUAAGCAUUAAUAUUUAUUAUUGAGUUUAGAAUUUUGUAUUUACACUCCCAUCAACGUGUAAUGUAUUAUAGUAUUUUGUUUGGAGACCAUUAAAGAGCUCACAAUUUAUUCACAGAAGUAGAAAAAUAAAUGUAAGAGGUUUUUUUUUUUUUAUUCGAAUUAUCCCUAGGUUGUUUGGUAAAGAACAAACAGGUUUGUUCAUGAUGAGGGCCUUUACCUUAUAUAAAACCCUGUCUGGUAUGUGUGGAAAUCAUUCAAAGAACUGACAAGUUAUUGCAUGGUCACCAUCAUCUGUUAAUGUACAAACUGUUAAUGCUAAGCUAACAGAGGUAACCUUGACAGUGAAAAUCUGUGGCAUUUGCAGAUGUGGCCCUUGAUACUUAAUUUUUACUUAAUUAUUAGAAUGCACAUAAAGCACAUCAGGUUGGUUGGCUUAAACAAUAGUAUUAGUUCCCUGUCAUUUAAAAUUCAUAGAAAUGUUAGAUAAAUGCACUUUCGUUUGACUGGAGGAUUCAUUUUUUAUUAAAAUAGCCACAAAAAAACUCCAAAUAUAACAUUUAUAGAAACUCAUAUUUUUUUCUUUUUUGUUUUAGAAAUACUAAAAAAGAUCAGUAGAAAAUGUUUCUCUAGCUAAACUGGUAGCUUCGUGAUCUUUUAAAUAGCAUUGUUUGGAAUGCUUCUGAGAGUACUUUUUCCCAUAUUAAAUUAAAUAUCAAAUUAUGCACCUUCCUUACAACCUUUUUAAAGGGAAAUUUUAUCAAAGAAUGAGGCUACUAAUUCCUUCAAGUAAAUUCCAAUGUCAAACAUAGGUCUAUACUGAUUUAAAGCUGAUCUUGUGUAAUGGAUAAAUAUUUUUUAGUGGAAUAUACCCCCUGGCUUUUCCUUAUUUCGUUAGAUAUUGUGGCUUGAAAAGAAAAGCACACAUAGAGUAAAUCAAAGACUCCGGAAACUGAGCUCUAUUAAAAUAAAACCUGCAUUUCAUACACGUGAACAGUGAAAAGCAAAUGGGCCAACAUUUUUUUUUUCCACAAAGAAUCUUCCAUAAUAAUUUGAGAUUAAAACAAUUUUUGGUCCUAUCUUUUGUGAUUUUCUACUUGAGCCAAUUGUGAAGAUCUACACACUCUCCAGGUGAGGGGAUCAUUGUGCACAAAGGCUGAUGCUUUGUGGGAACCUCAGAAUAUGCUUGGAUUCGAAUUAAGAAAAACUACAUUUCGCAAAGGCAGGGAUGUAGGAUUCCCCCCCCACCUCUGUCCCCUUGAGGAAAUUUUGAUGGCAGCCUUUCAAGUCUCCCCAUACCUCUCCUCCUCUGUAUCAGUGAUAAAAGAAUCUUUAGACAACUGGUGACCAAGCAGUUAGCUUUACCAAUCUGGGCUCUUGUGUUUGAAAUUUGGUUCUCAGUCUCAUUCCUGCCUACUGCAGCGAUAUGGCCUUUGGACGACUAGACUUUGAAAAGUUAAAAGGCAAUAAGUCAAUCCCCUGGAAACGAUGCAGAAACGUAGAUUCAAAUCGUAAAUAAGGAAAUGCAUUGAGUACAUUAAAUAGACAUAGAAAAAUGGAUUUCUGUCUUUUGUAGUAAGGUAAUUGGGCACCACUGCUUGGCAGGAGCUGGUGCUAUUGAGCCGGCUGUAGCUGCCACAGGUUGAUAGGCAGGUGAUCAGGCAGCUUCCACCAGGGUCUGCACAGGAGGCCUACCUAAUAUGCUGUCUGCCCUAAGGGCCUAUGGGAACACAGUUGGAUUAUUAUGUUAAUGCAUGAGCCUGCUGCCCUCUUCCUAUCCCAGCUGGGUUCCCUGUUGUUAGGAACUGCUUUGCACUGACAGUGGAGUAAUAUGCUUCAUGAUUGAAAGGGCAAAGGGGCUUGGAAUGAAAAAAAAA